CUCCCGUUGGUUCGUUGGCGACUGAUGUAAUUGGUGCGCGCGGUAGCGAUGGCGGUUUAUUCGUUCUCAGUUUAAAAAAGGCCGCGAACGCGGUUCAAGUGACGCCGUCCUGCUCGAGCCGCCCGGGGAACGGUCGGUAGGUCGUUGUUGUUGAUCGUUGAUCGUUGAUCGUUGACAGUCGGCAGUCGCUGUCCCUCUCUAUCGCCAACAUGGAGCGCCACUACGGGCAGCGCGGUGGCGGCGGUAAAACCCAGCGGAAGAAACUGUUGGGAGUUCCGGGCAACUGCAACAGGGAGGCUGCCCUCGGACCGCACAGUGAAGAAGCAGAGGGAAAAAACAAAUUCAACAUGAAUAUCAAAACAUUGACUGAUGAUGUGCUGGACAGAUUUGCAAGUAUCCGAAUCCUAGGCAGUAAGCGUGGUAGGCCGCCUCUUCCAAAUCAUAAACAGUCACAACUUUCCAGGAAUGACUGGUCUGGAAUAUCCCCAGAGAAUGGAAACUCAAACCAGCUGCCAGAAAAGGAUGUUAUUUUGCUCUUUGAAAAGAUGAUGGAAGAUAUGAAUUUAAAUGAAGAGCGAAGGACUCCUCUGCGAGAGAAGGAUAUUCAUGUGAAAAGGGAAAUGGUUGUCCAGUAUAUUGGUGCAGCUUCCAAUACCGGUGGUUUGAAAAACAAACAGUAUGGUUUUACGUUGCCCCAUGAGUUCAUCCAUGAGCUAAAAACAGGUGUUGGAGAUGAAAGACUUUUACAUUCUCUGGAAUCUCUUCGUAUUUCGUUGACCAGCAAUCCUGUCAGUUGGGUCGAAAGCUUUGGAAAUGAAGGUUUGGGUCAGCUUUUGGAUGUCCUGGAGAAAUUGCUUGAUAAAAAGUGUAAGGAAAAAAGUGACUUCAAGAGUCAACAUAAAGUGAUUCAGUGUUUGAGGGCAUUCAUGAACAAUAAGUAUGGAUUGGAUAGAAUCUUGGAUGAAGAGCGAAGUAUAUCCUUGUUAGCCAGAGUUAUUGAUCCCAAGCAGCCGACUAUGAUGACAGAUGCAGUCAAGCUCCUAUCUGCAAUCUGUAUUGUUGGAGAAGAAAAUAUCCUUGAAAAAGUUUUAGAAGCGAUAACAACAGCAGGAGAAAUAAGAAAAUGGGAAAGAUUUUACCCCAUUGUGGAAGGUCUAUAUGGUACCCCAGUGCAACUGCAGGUGGCAUGUAUGCAACUCAUAAAUGCACUUGUGACCACUUCUGAUGAUUUAGAUCUCAGGAUACACAUACGAAAUGAGUUUGCACGUUGUGGACUGAAAGAUCUACUUCAAGAUUUAACAUUAAUUAAAAAUGAUGCACUGGAUAUCCAGCUGAAAGUGUUUAAUGAGCAUAAGGAAGAAGAUAUGGUGGAGUUUUCACAUCGACUAGGAGAUAUUCGAUCUGAAUUGGAUGAAAUAAAUGACGUGUAUAAUAUCCUGUCUAACGCAGUAAAGGACACAGAAGCUGAAAAUUACUUUCUUUCCAUUCUUCAACACCUACUAUUAAUCAGGAAUGACUAUUUUGUGAGGCCACAGUAUUUUAAGAUAAUUGAAGAAUGUGUUUCUCAGAUAGUGUUACACCGCAAUGGCAUGGAUCCCGAUUUUACUUACCGCAGACGAUUAGAUGUAGAUUUUGAGCACCUUAUAGAUAUUUGUGUUGACAAAGCAAGGGUCGAUGAGAGUGAACAGAUGCUUUCAGAAUUGGUGAGAAAGUUUGAUGAAGAAUUUACAGCCCGGCAAGAGGCACAGGCUCAAAUGCAAAAGAAAGAAGAAAAAAUCAAUCAGCUUGAAACUGAAUUGCAGCGUCUCAGAGCUCAGCUUACAGGGUCACCACUAAAUGUGAUGGCCAGAAUGACCAGUGCAGAAUGUGGAGUCACAAAAGACAGUUCUCCAAGUCAAAUUGGCAUGCCAACACCACCAUUGCCUCCAUUGGUAGCAGGAACUGGAAUACCUCCACCUCCACCACCGCCACCACCUCCUCCACCUCCACCUCCACCAGGUUUUCCAGGUGGACACCGGUCUCCAACUCCUCAUUCACUGCCACACGGAUUGAAAGCUAAAAAAGACUUCAAAUUGGAUAUUAAUAUGAAAAGAAUCAACUGGUCUAAGAUCAGACCACUUGAAAUGCCUGAGAACUGUUUCUGGAUAAAAGCAAAAGAAGAUAAAUAUGAAAGUCCGGACCUGUUUGCUCGGAUAAGUGAAAUCUUUGGAGCACAGAAACGAGGUGGAAAAGAUGAAUAUGAAGAGAGAAAAACUAUUAAAAAGAAAAUUAAAGAGCUUAAAGUCCUUGACCCAAAGGUAGCACAGAAUCUGUCUAUUUUUCUGGGAUCUUUUCGAAUGCCUUAUGAGGAAAUUAAAAAAAUUAUUUUGGAAGUGGACGAAGAACAAUUGACCGAGUCUAUGAUUCAGAACUUGCUGCAUCAUCUACCAGAAGAAGAACAGGUUGUUGCCUUGGCACGUUUCAAGAAUGAUUAUAAUAACUUGUCAGAACCAGAACAAUUUGGAGUUGUGGUGAGCAGCAUCAAGAAACUGCGUCCACGGCUGAAUGCUAUUCUAUUCAAGCUUCAGUUUGAAGAGCAAGUGACUAACAUCAAACCUGACAUUAUGGCUGUCAGUACUGCAUGUGAGGAGAUAAAGAAGAGCAAGAACUUUGGCAAGCUGCUGGAGUUGGUGUUGCUGAUUGGAAAUUACAUGAAUGCUGGGUCUCGAAAUGCUCAAACAUAUGGCUUCAGCAUCACCUUCUUGUGCAAACUGAAUGAUACAAAAUCAUCAGACCAGAAAAUCACAUUUCUACAUUUCCUAGCACAAGUUUGUGAGGAGAAAUAUUUAGAUGUUUUGAAUUUUACGGAUGAUCUACAACAUGUGGACAAGGCUGCAAAAGUAUGUGCAGAAAACUUGGACAAGAGCCUUAAGCAGAUGGAGAAACAGCUUCAACAGCUUGAAAAGGAUUUGGAGACUUUUCCUCCUGCAGAGGACAUGCAUGAUAAGUUUGUGACAAAGAUGUCCAGUUUUGCCAGUUAUGCUCGGGAAGAGUACCAUAAACUGGCCAACAUGCACAAAAACAUGGAGAAGCUUUACCAUGAUUUGAUGCACUAUUUUGUUAUCAAUCCAAAGAAAGUCACAGUAGAGGAGGUUUUCAAUGAGAUCAGUAACUUCAAAUCUAUGUUUAUGCAAGCUGCUAAAGAAAAUGUGAGGCAGCGUGAAGCGGAAGAAAAGCUGAGGCGUUUUCGGAUGGCCAGAGAGAAAGCAGAGAAAGAAAAACAGGAGAGACAGAAAAAGAAGCAGCAUCUACUAAAGACGAAUUCAGAGGGCGAUGAGACAGGAGUGAUGGAUAGCCUGCUGGAGGCGCUACAGUCGGGUGCUGCUUUCAGAGACCGAAGGAAGCGGAUACCAAGGCCUAAAGAUACCCGGCAGAGUACUAGUCCAAAUUCACAUUAUGCUGUUUUGAAGACAUGGAACCAAGAAAAUCAAAAGGCACAAAUGGAAAGGUCACGUUCUCGCCAGAAUAUCCUCUUAAACGCAACAAGAAUUCCAAACGGCAAGGAGCUCAGUUAUGAAGUAGAGGCUCAUUCAUCUACCGCAAGGAGCAAGGUUGUCAGAAAAAGGGAGGGACAAGCUGUUUUGGACAUCGGGGAGAAGGAAAAGAAAGCUAUUUGUUCCAGUACUAAGAGUGAUGCUGUUCCUGAAGUAGAAGCUCUUCUGGCUAGGUUACGUGCUUUAUAGACCUGAACUUAACACAGAUCUAUUGUACCAAAAACCUUAACAAUGUUAAAGUCACAAUUACAUCAAGCAAAUGGCUCCUGUCAAAUACAAAUUCCCAAACUAUUGGUAUGGACACUUUGUAAAUUGAGAGAAGCCAGUAAAUGGCUGAAUUUGAGAUGAAAGAAUAAGAAGCCAUUUUCAGUAUGGGGAAGCAAAGCUGCAGGAUCUUGUGCCUGUCUGCCAUUAUUGUGUCUGUCUUGCUAUUAUUUAUCCUAUUUAUCUGGGGAAAUCUAUUGAUCAUAUUUAUCUGGGAAAUCUAUUGAUCCAAAUUGACUUCCGUUUUCCUUGCUGUUUUUACAGGAUCUUGUUUCAAAAUCAGAUAAUGUUUUAACUAUUUACAAUGUAACUCAUUGUGGUUAUUUUCAGAAAAUCAGCAAGAUUUCAAAUUGGACAAUUUAUAUAAACUUUCCGCAUAUCAUUUUUAAUUUUAAUCACUUUUAAAUCAAAUACUAAACGUAAUUCAACUGCAAUGGUGAAUUCUCCAAUACAUAAUCAUAAAAAUUAGAUAGGGGACUAACAGCACCUAAAAUGUGAACAGAUGUUUCGAUUGUUUAAUUACUUGCUUCAUAGUGGAAUAUAUUUUGUUUUUAACAAUGCUGGUCUAGGCAAAUACUGAUUAAAAACCCAAUAUAAAUAGGACUGUACUUUUUUGCCACCUAUCGCAACAAUAAUUCUCUAAAAUAUACAUUAUAGUAGGUUGCAUGUUCAGUAGGGAUUGCACAAUAGAAACAUGUGCCAAAGAAUAUUAUAAAUGCUUAAAAUUGCGUUUAAAACAUGAUUCAUAUAACAAUCGUAGAAGAGUGUUCUCUAAAAUAUUUAUAUAUACCUUUACAUAUACAAAAUAUAUUCUUUAUAUUCAUUAUUUCAGGUCAUUUUAAACUGAUUGGUGCAACUUUUUAUUGUUAAUUUUUAAAGUACUUUUAUUGUUUUAAUCAAAAAUAUAAAAGCAUCCAAGUAAUUUGGUUCAAAGCAGUGCAAAAUGCUGCUUACUAUCAUUAGAUAAAUGCCUUGCUAUCGAUUACAAUUUGAUAUGUAAGGUAAUUUGUUUCCAUAUAUUCCAAGUUUGCUAUGUGUUACAUCUGAAAACAAGGAUUUUUCCUAUUAGUUUUCUAUUCAUUCGCUCCAUGUCCUUCCUGAGUUUGUACACACGUUGUUUUUCAUAGCAAGCAUGCUGCUCAUCUCUCCUUACACUGUCAAUUGAUUAUCAUCCACGUUUCAGGAACGGUUUUGAUGAGAAGAAAAAAGUACAUUUGCAUAUAUUAUGCAAAUUAAUAAAGAUAUAAGAGUGCCUGGCAGAAAGCUUUAAAAACUGCCCUUUGAAUUUGGGUUUGUGAAUUUGGGUUUGUUUGGCCCAAAUGGUAUACCAGCACUAAAUGUAGAACCAAGGAACUGCAGAUUUUGGUUCACAAAAUAAGACAAAGUGCUGGAGUAACUCAGCGGGUCAGGCAACAAUCCUGGCGAACAUGGAGAGGUGAUGUUUCAGGUCGGGAUCCUUUUUCAGACUCAGACCAGCACUAACAUGUAACUAACAUAAUCUAUUUCAAACCAUUGAUGUGUUUUGUAUAGAAUUAUGCUUUUUUUCUGUGAUUAGCAUUGCAAACAAAUUUCAUAAGGAAAUGUAAUAUUUGCAUAUUAUUCCAACAUUUCUUGCAGUAAAACAUAUAUAAAUACACUAAUAAGAUCAUUUGUAUGUGCACCAUUGUAAAAUAGUCUUGGUAGACAUUUACAAGAUCCAAAGAUAUAAGUGCAUUGCUUGCUGACCUGAUUUCCUGUCUUAAUUCCUAAAUGUAAUGGGUAAUAGAUAAUUUAGUUGAUUAAGCAACAAGGAAUAUUGUGUAGAAUUUAUAUCAUUCUUUGAAAUAAACAUCAAUUAUAUGAC